UUGUGUCCAAUCACAGCUGACCGCAUAAGAGACAUCUUCACUGAUGAUCAGUGCCCUGAUGAUCAGUGUAGCCCCAUCAGUGCCACCUGUCAGUGCCCAUCAGUGCUACAUAUCAGUGCCUACCAGUGCACAUCAAUGCCACAUAGUGCCCAUCUGAGCUGCCUUUCAGUGCCAACUAUCAGUGCCAGUCAGUGCCACCUAUCAGUGCCAGUCAGUGAUACCUAUCAGUCCUGCCAAUCAAUGCCACCUAUCAGUGCCCGACAG